AUGGCCAGCUGGUACAUCAACAGAACAUUCUUUUUUGAUGUCCAUCCUCCACUCGGAAAGAUGCUUAUUGCUCUUUCUGGGAAGUUGACUGGUUAUGACGGUACAUUUCCAUUUGAGAAACCCGGUGAUAAGUAUGAAGGAGCAAAAUAUGAAGGAAUGAGAAUUUUCUGCACAACACUAGGUGCUCUCAUCAUACCUCUCACAUUUUUAUCGAUGUGGGAAAUGACAAAAUCUUUGGAUGCCUCUUUUCUAGGAACAUUGCUACUGUUGUGUGAUGUUGGCUUUCUGACUUUGAACAGAUAUAUAUUAUUGGAUCCGAUUCUUCUUUUCUUUAUGAGCUGCUCUAUUUAUGGAGCCUGUAAGGUACAUUCUCAUACAACGGCAGGUUCGCUACCAUUUUCUCCUCGGAUGCUUCUGUGGCAGAUUUUUCUUGGUUCCUCAUUAGCUUGCACUAUGUCUGUCAAGUUUGUUGGACUAUUUAUGGUUCUGUUUGUUGGAUUGAGGACUAUAGCUGAUCUUUGGCAUGUGCUCGGUGACUUGUCUAAACCAGUGAGUUUAACAGUGAAACAUCUUAUUGGAAGAAGUAUAACAUUGAUCCUGUGGCCCAUUCUUCUUUAUGUAUUCUUUUUCUGGAUACAUCUCACAGUUCUGAAUACAAGCGGCAACGGCGAUGGGUUCUACUCUUCAGGGUUCCAGGCGGUGCUACGCGGGAACAGUCUGCACGCGGCGGCUGCCCCGCGGCAACUGGCUUAUGGAGCGAUCCUUACCCUGAAGAAUCAUCGCACGGGGGGUGGGUACCUUCACUCCCAUCACCACCUCUACCCCGCGGGGGUGGGGGCCAGGCAGCAACAGAUCACGACAUACACACACAAGGACGACAACAAUAGAUGGCUGGUGAAGCCGUAUGAUAAAGAGGCGGUAGAGGGCGUGGUGGUCGUGAGGAGCGGCGACCUCGUGAGACUCACACACGUGGCGACCGGUAGGAACCUGCACUCACACCGCGAGAGGGCGCCACUAACGACCAAGUACAUGCAAGUCACUGGAUACGGAGAGGAAGGUAUUGGUGACGCCAACGACGUGUGGAAGGUGGUGGUGUCGGGAGGAGCGGACGGAGACGAAAUACUCACCGUGAGAAGUAAACUCAUGUUCGUACAUUACUUGCAGUCGUGUGCAUUGACGACAACCGGCAAGCAACUACCGAAGUGGGGCUUCGAACAACAGGAGGUAGCCUGCAACCACAACCUGAGGGAUAAGAACGCGCUUUGGAACGUUGAGGAUAAUAUAUUCGAUCAGUUACCGAAGAUGAAUUUCUCGGUAUACGCGUCCGGUUUUUUGGAACGUCUGAUAGAAUCCCACGCUGUGAUGCUGCAGGGUAACGCUGGCCUCAAGCCUAAGGAGGGGGAAGUGACGUCACAGCCUUGGCAAUGGCCGAUCAACUAUAGGGGACAAUUUUUCUCCGGCAGUGCCCAUAGAAUUUACCUCCUAGGCAAUCCGGUAGUAUGGUGGGCCAAUCUGGCGUUUCUGGGCAUAUUCUGUGUGGUGUUUGUCACUAAUUCCAUUAGAGAAAAGCGCGCCUCAGCUUUUGGUGUUCCCGCACCAAACAACCAAUGUAAGCUGUUAGUAUCAGCUCGUUGGCAGUGUUGCUGUUGGUUGCUGCACUACGUCCCCUUCUGGGCGAUGGGUCGAGUGCUGUACUUCCAUCAUUACUUCCCCGCACUCGUUUUCAGCUCGAUGCUCACCGGUACCCUGACAAUAUAUUUGCUGGAGAGCAUCCGAAGCUACUUGAGUCCAGAGCUGGGAAGAACCCUUUAUCAUUGUAUUAUGGGCUUAAUAAUAUCUAGUACUGUAUACAGUUUCUAUUUAUUCUCGCCUCUCGCCUACGGCAUGAGUGGUCCGAUGUCACACGAACCUAACUCUACUAUGACCGGCCUGAAAUGGCUCGAAUCUUGGGAAUUUUGA